CAUAGUCCGUGGGGAGCCCUCGGAGCCCGGCAUCGAUGUGGUCGAGCUCUUCUACCGCGGCGUCACCGCGUUGCCGGGGGACCAAGCCCCGGUCUUCAUGGCCCUUGGGGGGCUCCACUUUGUCCACGUGCGCCACUCGGGGCUCUACUUCGUGGCCACCGCGGCGGCGGAGGCGUCGCCGUUCACCCUUGUUGAGUUCCUCAAUAGGUUGGUGGCGCUGCUGAGGGACUUCUGCGGGCCCCUGAGCGAGCAAAACGUGGGGGGAAACCUCGCGUUGGCGUCCGAGCUGCUGGAGGAGAUGCUGGACUAUGGGUACAUCCAGAGCACGGCCCCAGAGGUGCUGCGCAGCCUCACCCAGAGCCCCCCCGUGAGCCCCCCCCCCUUCAGCCUCCUGGACCUGGGCUCCAUUGGGCUGUUCGGGGCGGACACGCAGCGUUCCAAGGUGGCUCCGGGCUCGGCGGCCACGAGGCCCCUGGGGGUGGCCCGGGGGGAGCAGGUGAGUGACCCCCCCCCUGCCCCAUAG